AUGAGCAUUAUGAGCAUUCUCAAAAAUGGGGAGGCAUCUCAUGAUGGCGAGCAAAGAAAAAGUGUCGAGACCCUUCCUAUCAAAUCAAAACCAAAAAACAAAUUUAGAAUGAGGAUCUGUGACGCCCCACCGGAAUUAUUGGAGAUCAUUAAGCGUUCCGAGGUGAAGAACGAAACGUCCUUAUCAAACAAGCCAUCUCCUAUCGUUAAUGUCGCAACAAAGACAAAUUCCAUAAAGUCAUCAUCUAACGAUGAAAAGAAACAUAGGAUCAGGAAGAAUCCUUAUCCGAAGAAGGCUCCCUCCAAAUCAUCUCCCGGAAUCACCCUUCAAGUGGACGUCUACACGACGCUUAGAGAAGAUCCGCAAGCACUAUUACGAAGGAAUGGGCCAUCAAAGGUUUAUUCAUAUUCAACACCGACCGGCGGUGAUCCCAUGUCACCAUCAUUCACCGAUGGUUCAUCUGGUACCGAAUCAUCUCCACCGCACAGCCCACGUUCGUCAUCAAAGGGUCAAAUCACCAAGACGAAAACUAAAACAAAACGAUCGAAACCAAUUAUUUCCGAAAGGAAGCGCAAAGGAAACAGCCUCGCCAGAGUUAUGGCGGAUCGUGGUCUCUUAGAAUCUACCUUGACUCCUAUAGUUAUCGCGGGAGAAAUAAAACCGAUUCGCAUACCACCACCCCCUCCGAUGCAAUUUGAUGAAUUGAUGAAGAGCAUUGAUCAGUUAAAUCUUGAUUUGACCACGCUUCUUCGUACGAAUCCAAAGAUCAAUUGGAAAGGACAACCGUUAUCCAUAUCACAUUUACCUCAUCAUAAUUCUUUGCACCAAAAAGAGGCUCAUGUGGCUUCAACUUUACGUCUUACCCCUGUACAAUAUUUAACGGCGAAGCAUACCUUGAUCUCAUCCGCUAGAAGGUAUGCGCAAAAAUCGCUUCCCUUCCGUAAAAGUGAUGCGCAAAAACUUCUAAGAAUUGAUGUUAAUAAAGCAAGCAAACUCUGGGAAUUUUUUAUGCAAGUUAAAUGGAUUUAA